CCUUGUUUCAGCAUUGCACAUUAUAGAAAUGUUGCGUGCAACAUUAUUACAUAGCAUCGUGCUACGAAAUUGAGAUAUUAUUUAAAGAUAUUAUAAGUUAUAUAGUAUCCAUUCCAACAUGAUUGCCAACAAGUUUUAUGAAAACGAUAUAAAGUAUACCUUUGAGAUAAAUCGCUUCUUUUUUCGUGUAUUAGGAAUCUGGCCGUUCGCGCGCAAAAAUUCCUUUCUUCCCGACAUAGUGCAGACAGUUCCGAUAUUUAUCACGUGUUUUGCUCUUCUUCUUUUUGAAUUAGUGCCGACCACGAUCUACAUAUUAGUAGUCCUGAAAGAUAUUCGUCUAAGACUUAAAGUUUUGGGUAGUAUGCUAUUCACAUUAGUGACGACUGUCAAGUAUAGUUACAUGUUGUUUUACAAGAAUGAAAUUAAAAAUUGUUUGAAGCUAGUUGACGAGGACUGGCGAAAUAUAGUCGAUCCGAGCUCUCGCAUUUCGAUGAUCGACUCAGUAAAAAUUGGUAGACGUUUAAUUAUAAUGUGCGCCGUAUUUGUGUAUUUAAAUGGAGUAGCUAUACGAGUUAUCAUGCCUCUGUCAGUUGGGAAGAUUGUCACUCCUCAGAAUAUCACGAUUAAACCUCUGCCAACCGUGGCGCAUUUUGUUUUCUUCGAUGUGCAACAAAGUCCCGCUUACGAAAUUAUUUUUUUUCUACAAUCUUUUUCGGGAAUUAUAAGGUACACAGUGACGGUGACAACUUUUGGCUUCAUAACUCUCUGUGUAACGCACUUUUGCGCGCAGUUAGAUAUACUAGUUACAUUAAUAAAUAAUUUUGUAAAUGAGCACCAAGAAGAAUAUUUAAACAAGAGAUUGGCCAUUCUCGUGGAACAUCAAAUCAAGACACGGAAUUUUUUACGCUUGGUACAGACUGCUACUCAAUACCCAAGUUUAAUAGAAAUUCUAAGUUCUAGUAUACUCAUAUGCUUCGCAGGAUAUUACAUUUUGAUGGAAUGGGAAAAUCAUAAUACUAUACGUUUAUGCUCAUACGUUAUUGGAUUGUCGAUGCUUUUAUUCAACGUAGUUAUUUAUUGUUACAUGGGCGAACAAGUCAUCGAACAGGAAAAGAAAGUAGCAUUAACAGUGUGCACAUUAGAAUGGUAUCGUCUUCCGAAUGAAAAAGCGAAAACAUUGAUUUUAAUCAUGGCCAUCUCGCACACUUCACAUACACUGAAAGCAGGAAAAUUUAUCGAUCUUUCUCUCAAAACAUUUGGCAAUGUUGUUAAGAUGUCAGUGACAUAUUUAAAUCUUCUACGAUCAUUCGAAUGAGACUUAAGAAUUAG